GUCAAACGACCCACUGAGCACGCCUUUAACACCCAGACACCGGAUGAUUGGACGCUUAUAGAAACGAUCUCUUCCUGGUCUGUUUUCUCUUUAAAUCUGCGGGAGGAUUGAUUUAAGUUGGACGUUUAUACGAAGAAUUGGAUUCAGAAAAUAAUCAAUUUGCAGUUGCUGUUGUGUAAAUGUGAAGAACUGAGCAAGAUGAAGAUCAUUCUAGUGGUGUGUGUGCUUCUAGCCACAAUACUUCAGGAGCACACAUCAAGAGCAAGUGUGUGCAAUUCUACGACAACUAAACAAGUUUCAAGCAGCGACAAAUAUUAUAAGAGUUGUGGCUGGUGGGGAUGGAGUCGAUGUGCGUCAUACAGAACUGCGUACAGGACUCAGUCUGUAACCACUCAGGAAUGCUGUACAGGAUCCUAUGGACAUCCUGACUCCGGUUGCUCAGGUGAAUGCGAAUACAAGUCGGAUAUGCCGUCGAAUAGAUGCAGUGGGAAAGUCUGCAGGGGCUUUACUUGUGACCGGUCGGGCAGUGCUGCUCCACAAGUAGACAUUUCCGACGACAAGCGCGACGCCAACAACAACGACGCGUGGAAACUUCUUGAAGUAAACGCCACGUGCUUCGUGGAUUUCACGUGCCCGACGUGCGCGUGUGAUUGUCAGGAUCGAAAGAAGCGGGCCGUGGCGGCGGUUGGAGAGGAGGGAGAGCUCCUGAAGAAGUUUGACAGGGUUCGGCGUGCCGCCGGCUGCUUGUGCUCCAAGAACGUUCCUUGCAGCACGUGCUCUGUGAGCAAUACUGCAAUGUUUGAAGUGAAGAAUGGCAAAGAGAUAUGGCGGAAGCCGUGUAGCACUAAGUGCCGAGACUGUUCCGGCCAGCCCGGAUGUUUCGACAACGGCGAGACGUACAAAACGACAGUCACAUGCAGCGCAGCCGGAUAUGACGUCAAUGACGAAGUAGAGCUUCCGGAAGAGGUUGUACUUCUUGUUAGAAGCGUAGACCCACCCGCUGUCGCCUUCCCAGAGUCUGAUGGGACAGUGACGGCAAGAUGGUUGGACCCAGUGGGCACAAUACUGGCGACACCGGACUUUGAGUUUCCUGAGCGCACGGGAGCUGUGGAGUUCACCUUAACCGGAACUAUAUCAACCACUUCCGGGGAAGAGCUCUUCGCCUUAAAUGAGACGUCGGGAAGCAUCGAGGUUAUCUCGGACCUGUCGCUGGAGGCGUCUGCGGACUACAACCUCACAUUGUGUGUGGAAACCCGCCGCCACAACGUCUGCGCUUUCCUUGUAGUGUCCUUUUUGGGCGAGCCCGAGGAACCCUACUGCUCGGCGAUAGGCGCCUGGGCCGACGUGCCUCACAUGGACUCCUGGUGCCAGCUCGCCUGUAAACACUCUACUCCGUACUGCCCACCGACACACUGCAAGUGCUCGGACGAGCCGGAACCGGAUCGCCACUACUGCACGCCUGUGCAUCCAUGGAGUACGGUGAUUGGAAUGGCUGCUUGGUGUGACUGGACAUGUAACGACCCGGAAUGGAAAAACGUCACCUGCCUCAACAGCUACUGCGCCUGUGUACCUCCGGUCUUCACAAUAAGCGAGGCUGCACCAUAGGACGGGAACCAAGAGAGCCCGGUUGUGACACUACAUCUCUCACUUUAUAUACUAACUUAUAGCGCAGUUGCACCUCCGAAAACGACGUAGCUUCACUUUGAAGACCGGGAACAAGUCUUAUUGUCUGCCUCAGUUUCGUAACGAAAUGCACUUCGCAAAUUAUCUUAUACUAAAGUGACUAAAUGAGGUCUGACUACUUAAAAUACUAUGGUGUAUGUAUCAUGACUUUAUAAACGCGAAUUACCCGGUUAAAUGGGCUGUCUCUCUUCAGCAAAACGUAAUAUACUCCCUAUUUUUCUCCGGUAAUAACUUACGUCUCACGUCAUUACAAAUGUGACUAUCCAAUUGUCUAUAAAUGGACUGUCUCACUGUAGCAAAGCAUAAUCUACGUAAUUUCUCGGGUAAUUAUCAUAUUAAUAGCAAUAUAUUCCUACAAGUAUGUUAUUCUAUAUAAGGCAUGUGAUAGAGUAACAUGAGACAAAGCCCCCUGUGUUAUUUAAAAAUAUAUCAAACUUUUGAGUGACCAAGAGCUUGUGAAGCACAAACUAAUUUUAUAAAAAUCAGACAAACAAUAACAUAAACGUGCAAAGGUGUGGCUUCGUAAAAUGAUGUGUCUUCGUACGUACCUUCAGAAGCUGUCUGUGAAAACUCAAUAAUGUUAUAAGCAUUCAUUUGUUGAUUUGCAUUCAUUUGUUGAUUUAAGCAAGAAAGAAAAAUUGCUGCAAAGAUUGAUUGUUUUUAUUAAAGGAUGUCAGCUUAUUUAAUGUUGAAAAUCCUUAUUAUUAAUUUCUGAAUUUCUUUUUCUUCACUUUAUUUUUACAUGUACUUCGUUUUUGAUAAAUCGUUUUUCUGAUAUCAGCUGCUUUGUUAAAUUAAUUUGUAUUUCAUAUGCUGUAAAUAUUCAAAUGAUGAAAAUUUGUUAUUUUGGUGGGGGUGUUGUUUUUUUUUCAAAAAUGUUACAAAUAAGUACGUUAAACAAAUUUACAAAAAACACACACAUUUAUUUGAAGACCUAAGAAAACUAAAGGUACCAAUGGAUUAACGUUGCAUUAUUUUCCAAACUUCUAAACUCUGAUGGAAGUGCAAUUGAUCAUAGUUGCUACAUUUUUAAGGUUUUGCAGAGAAAUAAGCAAACCUUAAGUGUUAAAAAUUAAACAGUUUGGUUUCAUUUUUGUAUGUGUCAAUGGCCUCUUAGUUGCUGUGUUUAUUCAUUUACUUACUCCAUAAAUUGUCUUAUAUCAGCCAUUGUUUCAUUUGUUGUUGUUUUUGCUGUUGUUGUUAAUUUCUUUAAUUGCUUUAGUUUACUUUUUAGUCUACUUUUUAUGGAUUAUCUGCUUAAUGUUACAUAACAUAUUGCCCAGUCUUUUGAAUUUAUCAUUCUUAUUUUGUUCUAAACUAUACAAUUAAUUUGUUCUUGUUCAAAUAAAAGUUAACAACUUA